AUGGCCAAGUUCACCUUCCUCCUCGCUUCCGUUGUCGCCCUUGUUGGCGCAACUGUCACCAGCGCUGCAGCCGUCAAGGCCUCUGUUGGUGUUCCUACCGCCGUCAGCCCAAUGUGCUACAAGCAAGACAUGUGGUUGGACCCCAGCCAGUUGAUUUACUGCGGUGACAACUGCACCGUUUGGAACAACUCUAACGGUCGUGAGCGCUAUCUCCAGCCCGAUGUUAGUGGAAUGGUCGAUAAGUGCCGUCUCUUCGCAUGGAACAACAAGGGAAACGUCGGCGCUUUCCAGUUCGCCCGCUUCAAAGAUAACAACAUCAAGGUCGGGGCCGCACAGGUUGUGGUGGAAAUGGUGAGCGCGAACAAAGGACAAGGAAGUUAG